AAGAGAUUCAACAAUUUAUUUAUUGAAAGUUGAGCAGAAGGAGGAGUGUGUAUUUGUAUUGAAUAUCAUCAUUGAUCAACGAUGGGAUCCUGGUUUUCCUGCGAUUGUGGGUCCAUAUAUAAUUACAGCUAUGCUACAGAGACCUUAGAUUGGAGAACAAAGUCGAGCUUUUGUGGGGUGUAUUACCGCCAUGGCCCUAUGCCUUAUGGUGUUAAGGUAGUCCGAAAUGCCACGGAGCAAGACGAAGACGAAGACCAAGAGUUGCGAAUGGACACCAAUUUUGAUUGCUACUGUUGUGCAACUACUACAACACUCACCCUGCUUAAACGGGGUGAAUAUCUUAUAACUACACAAAUUGGGAACUCGGGAGCUAUAUUAGGGACGAGAGACGAGAAUAAUGCAUUGAUUCCAGUGCACUUGACUUUGAAUCUUAAGCCUCACCCCCUUCCUGCAGCCCGAAAAUGCCAGGUUGAGCCUGAGGUGGACAAGGACCCUCCCAAGCUCUCCGCGCCUUUUAUCUCCCACAGACGCAUCACUAAUGCAGACGAGUUUGUAGUGUUAGCAACAGGCGGGGUUUGGGAGGUGCUCACGAAAAGGGAUGUGGUAAAUAUAGUGGACACUUGCCCAGGACGCUGGGGUGCAGCUCAAGCAGUAGUGGACGCAGUAGUUAGAAAAUGGAGGUAUAGGUAUCCAACUUCAAUGGUUGAUGAUUGUGCAGUGGCCUGCCUCUUCCUAAACAGUUUAACACGACACCCAUCUCCCCAACCGCAUGUUGUGACGAAUAAGAAGACCAACGGGAUAAAUAUACUUCCGUUGGGAAAGAAAAAGAGAGAUUGAGGUAAGGAUACUCCACAUAGGAGCUUUGAUCCACAACACCAAUAUGAUUCUCCAUUUCUUGCUACUACUAUUGCU